UUUUUUCCACCUUUAUUCUCAAUCUCUCUCCUGAUAGACAAAUUUAUUACAUUCACCGCCCGAUAUUCCUUUUCCCUCUGUUCUUGUUUAUCCUGGCUCUUUGGCUAUUUAAAAACUUUACAUUCCCUUCAUAUUCUCUUUGCACUACGUUCAAAUCUUCCCUACCCAGUAAACUGUUUCUCGCAUACAAAGUCGCGAAAUAAAGGCAAAACAAUUCACAAUCAAUAAGCACAUUCAUUAACAUUAAAAAUGUCACCAAGCUGGAGCGAUAUAACAAAGAGCGGCUUGCCAAAGGCGCCGCCGUCAACCAAACCACAGUCCAAACAGAGCGAACAGGGGAAAACAAAACACACAGAGGAAGCACAACCCACAAUGUCCAAAGAAGAAUAUGCAUCAAGCGUAAAAAUACCCCAACUCGAAGUAAAAAUGCCCAGCCAGACGAUCAGAAUCGGAGAUAUAGAAAUUGCACUAGAAAAAUACAGCCGAGAACUGAAACUACCCGUAUACAUCUCCCAAGAUCCAGAGGAAUGGAAUGAUCCGCGCAGCAAGCGCCGCGGCCGAAGAGAUUCCAAGACAUCUAUACCAACCAUAGAGAUACCGCCGGCAGUGGAUCUGUCUCCCAAGCCCAAGCCAUCCUCCUGGGCGGCACUCUUAAAGCCACCGGGUGGAUUUACAGCGGCCACGAACAGCAGUAGCACGGCCAGUGCCAAGUACGCCGAGGUUGACAGUAACGGCGUCGUAAGGCACCAGAAAUUCAAAUCACUCGAAGACGCGCUGCAAAACCUGCAAGUUGUAUUCAACCCGCCUGCAGUGCAGCCGCGCGGCCUGGUUAACACAGGCAAUAUGUGUUUUAUGAAUGUCGUUUUGCAGGCACUUUUGUACUGUGCACCGUUCUACAACAUGCUAUGGAGUAUCAAGGAGAACGUGGCCUUUAGCUUCAAGGCAACGACGCCGCUCCUCGAGGCACUACUCCAAUAUGUUAACGAGUUCAAGCCUGAUACCACACCGCUGGCGCAGCUCGAGGACGGGCCUGGAGAACCGUUUGUUCCAGAGAAUGUAUACGAGGCGCUCCGGAAGAAAAACGUUUUCCAGACUCUGCGCGGUCAGCAGGAGGACGCACAGGAGUUUAUGAGCUACCUUGUGGACGGGAUCCACGAGGAAAUGGUAGGAAUCUUGCAGCAGCACAAGUUGAAUGGCGCACGCCAGGCUGCCGCCACCAGCCCUAGCGCGAAUGAUGUAGGUGCGGAUAAUGGCUCUGAUUGGUUGGAGGUCGGUCCUCAUAACAAGGCCAGUCUUGUGCGCGACAACAACGAGUCGAUCAUUCGCACGCCAAUUACGCAGAUUUUUGGCGGCACCCUGCGGUCAACCCUGACUGUUCCUCACUCGACCGGCGGCGGUAGCAGCGGCACAUAUGGACAGGGUGCGCUGAAGCCCCCACAGAGCUCCAACCGGGAGCCAUUCCAAUGGCUGGCCCUGGACAUAUCCGCGAACGGUGUAGACACGGUCGAAGAUGCGCUCAAUGAGUUUGUCGCCCCUGAGAUUAUAGAGGGUUACACGAACCUCCACGGCGAAUCAGUCAACGCAACAAAGCAGAUUUUGCUCGAAAAGGCCCCGCCCGUCCUGGUCUUCCACCUCAAGCGCUUUGUGUUCUGCUACAACGAGGGCGUGCAAAAGGUCCACCGGUUCAUCGAGUACCCGCAGAUGCUUUCUAUGUCGCCAAAGUGGUUUGCCAAGACCACGGAGGCUGCAAAAUACAAGUGCGCGAAGUACCGCUUGGAGAGCGUCAUUUACCACCAUGGGUCGCAGGCAUCGGGCGGCCACUAUACUUGCGAUUUGAGGCGAUCGAAGGAUGAAUGGCUGAGGUUCGAUGACGUGGAUAUCGAGUGCUUGGACUCGGUUGACGAUGCUUUGGCGGAGAAGAAGGACCGCACAGCGUACAUACUUUUCUACACUAUUUGCAACUAAAAAAUAUAUAUUCAAUAUUUCAUU